ACCAAAUUUCAGUUCGACAUGACGAUUUUGAAAAACCAGUAUGGGUCCCCAGUCCCCAUAGGGUCCCUCAAGAUGAAAAUUUUUCCAACCUAAAUUCAUUUUUUUCCGUUACAAUCCAUUAGCAACCUUUGUACCAAAUUUCAGCUUCCUACGAUAAAUUUUAGAAAUCCGUGGGGUCACCCUAUCGGGUCUCCCAGGUUGAAAAUUUCUGAAACUCCACUCCAAUUUAAACGCUUUGAGGUGGCAAUCUUCAUACUAAAAUUACUAAAAAUUAUUAUUAUAGAUAUUUCUCAAGUUACAAAUAUUUUACUUGCACUUAUAUAACCUGCUCUAAAGGUUCUUGUAGUUAAGGGCAACACAUUUGGGUGGAAAAGACCCCCACCGGCCAACCACUUGACCGAUCAUGCCCAUCUUCGAACUCAUCUUUACUUUUUGCCCAAAGAUGAAGUAUGCAAAAUUUCAAGUCGAUCGCUCGUGUUUAAAGAGUUAUCGUGCGUACAGACAGACAGACGGACAGACGGACAUCUUGACAAUUCUAUAAGGCCAUCUUAAAAGGCCUAAAACAUGCAGCAACUUUCAUGAAAUCGAGGCGUUCCCCGAAUAAGCAUAGAUUUUGUGUUCAUGCAAUGUUAUAUUUUGUUCAUAAAUAAACUUCUUCCUGUGACGUAGCGUCAGAGACCGUGGGGCUGGCUUCUGAAAGAAAGGAAACUGGGAACAGACUGAUUUUUUCCAUGACAAAUAAAAUGCGACAAUUAUGCAUAUAUCCAUUCCAAACACAGGAUUGGCAAGAUGAAAAUCGUGCAAAAAAGUAUCACCCUCUCUCAAAAUCUCUUCUCGAUACUACCAUUAUUUCCAGUGGAAAUUUUCCGCUCCAUUGUUGUUGCUGCUCGUCGGGAAGAAUUUCCUGAAAAUUGGAACAAAGUUUAAGUUCACACCAUUAUACAUCUUCAACAGUCAUGGCGCAAUCACGCAGUCCAGCCGACGACAUGGUGGAAGAGGAGGAGGAGCACGAGUUUUUUUGGACGGUCCAGACCAGUGACUUAAAAACUCACCCGGACAGUCAAAGCUUUGCCCUCAUGGCGGGCCAUGCCUUCGGCAUCAUUUGCAAAUGGAAAUUCUAUUUCAUCCCAGGCAGGGUAAGGUACCCUGUUCUGGGGGUGAAAUUGGUCGAGUCCAAUGGACCUGAAGAAAUUUUAGCCAAAGUGUGGAUCUUCUUGACUGGGAAUGGGGGUUGUUUGAAUCAGUCAGGAACGUGUGAUUUUAAAUACCGGAAGAUUACGAAGGGUAGCAGUUUGGAAUGCCCCUUUUACAGGACUGGCCAAGAAUAUCCAAGCGCAUUUGGAUCCAUUGUUUCUAGCUCUUCGUCAGCCUGGCUUCACGUGAAGGUCAAAAUUCGUGUCAAGGACUUCGUGGCUAAGCAAGAUGAGGUACGAUUGAAAUAUUCGAGCAUCCCCAAAACAUUGAUGCUCGCCAUGCUGGAGAAUCGUGACCAGAAGGGCGACGUCACUUUCAGCACCAAGGAUGGCCAAGCUAUCGUGGCACAUCGCAACAUCCUGUCUGCACAGAGCGACGUUUUUAAGGCCAUGUUUGCCAGUUGCCACAGAGAUGAUAGAGAACGAGGUGGGCGUCGUGGAAUUGGCGGAUCUGAGCGGGCCGGCCUUAAAGAUUUUCCUGAAGUUUAUCUAUAUCGGAGAGCUGGAUGACACCUGGGGCGAAUAUUGUGACGAAGUAGUCUAUGCUGCUAGCAAGUACCAGGUUGCUCCUCUGAUGGACGUUUGUGAUGUCCUUCUCCCAACACUGAUAACCUGGGAAAAUUGCUUCCAACUUCUUGAAGUCGCCAGUUUGCACUCUUUGGCUGCUUCGAAGAAGAAGAUUGAAGAAUUUAUGGAACGUGACUCUACGAAGUUAAUGGCAGUGGUGAAGGGUUUUGUUGGAGGGCCACCUGCAAAGAAAAGUCACCCAAGCAUUUAAUUUAAUUUAUAUAUGUACAUCGCAUGUAUGAUUCAAUAAUUUAUGUUUAAUGUUCCGCUGGCUAGAAAAAUGUUUAUGUGGCGUCAUAAAAAUAAUGACCCCUGCUCGUAUUCAAAAAAUAAAUUGAAUGUUUUUGACAGUUAUCAGAUCACUUCAAUAUCGACUUUCAUGAAGCCGAAGCGUGCCCCGAAUUGUUAUAAAUUGUGACAUUUUUCCUGCCACCAAUUCUGUAGGCUGUUCUAAUUACUGAUGGUUUUGCGUCAUGAAAAUGGUUUGUAUGCAGCAGUUUUUCCAGUUUUUCAUACGAAUAUUCUGGAUUUUAUUCCAGUUGCCCCAAACGUUCAGACUUUCCAGCACGUUGUUGAUCAAUAAUAUAGAUCCGGCUUCUUCGAGUUGACAUUCACAAAUCAGUCAAACUCAAACGUUCAGUCAGAUACUGGGUAUACUUUAGAAUAGGGGCGGAUCGUUAGCGGGUCGGGUGAUAUGUCAUUUUGUUAAGUUCCUAGAAGUGCUACCUAGAAUUGCUACCUAGAAAUGCUACAUAGAAGUGCUACCUAGAAUUGCUACCUAGAAGUGCUACCUAGAAGACGGUAUAUGGGAGAAUUACAUACGAAAUAUCCCCAAAAAGUCUCAAAACACCCCGAAAACCUUCCCGCCUUGCGGGAAAAUGAUUGAAAUUCAAUAUUCUGCAAUAAAACCUAAAAUCUCACCUUACCCCAAAAUCUCAAUGUACCCAAAAAGUCUCAAAACACCCCGAAAAUCUUCCCGCGUUGCGGGAAAAUGAUUGAAAUUCAAUAUUUUGCAAUAAAAACCGAAAAUCUCACCUUACCCCCAAAAUCUCAAUAUACCCCAAAAUUUUUCCCGCUUUGGGGGAAAGUGAGACAAAGUCUUAGAAUUCUUUGAAACGUCCAAAAAUGCAAUAAAAAUUUCAAACUUUGACCCGCCAUAACUUUCGAACGGAGCGUUUCCGCGCUUUCGGACUUCGAUAUUCUUGUUCAGCUCGUCGAACUGAACAAAAUGACAUAUCACCCGACCCAAUAACGAUCCGCCCCUAUUCUAAAAUUUUUCCCAGAUACUAUAUAUCUUGCAUAUAACCCAAGUUCUUUAAAAAUUCCAAUCU